AUGACGGACCCGUCGUGGUCCCCACCUGUCGCAGAUCCGCUCGCCCGCAGUGAAGACGACGCCGCUCGUCCACUCGCUCGCGCGUCCGUGAACCGCCCGAGCGUCGUGCCCGUGCUGCAGUUCUGGAAAGCGUUCGAUCUCGACAGCAGGCGCGUGGUGCUGGACGCCCAGGGGAGCGCUAUCCAGAGCGACAAAGACGCGAGUGGACGGUCCCGGAAGAAGCUGGCAGAAGCGACGCGUCAGUUCCGUCGACUGGCUUCCGAUACCGACAGGACGGUGGCUCUAGGGCCGCUGCUGAAGGCGUACCAGGAGGAGAUUGACCACCUCACGCGUCGCGCCAAGUUUUCCGAAACGGCUUUUUUCCAACUGUAUAAGGGACUCUAUGCAGCUCCUGAUCCCGCCGCGGCUCUAUUUGAUCUACUGGCUUCGAGCUCCGAAGCCGAGGCGUUACGGGUUGAGAACGCUAAAUUAGCGCACCACUUGAACGAGUUAGAGACGGAAUUGGCCGCGCUGACGACUCAGGAUAUUACUAUUCGGAAGCUCGAGGAACGCAUUACAGUCGCGGCUCGAGAGCAAGAAGAUGCAGUGCAUGAGCUAGUGGGUCAACGGACGAGCGAGUUGGCGAAGCAGCUGGAAGCAGCUCGUCUCGAGUGGACCCAAGAAGGACGAACUUAUGAACGGCAGCUGGAAACUGCUCGUGCUGAGCUGCAGGAAGCUUUUGUGAGACUGGACGUGAUGCAGUCGGAGCUCUUUGCACACAAGCAGCGGUCGGGACUGGCUCGGACUGCACUGGACGCAGAGCUCGAGACGAUGUCGCAGGGAUCGCUGCUGUCCCAGACGCUGCAGCUGGAAAAUGUUCAGUUGAAGAAACAGCUCGAUGAGCUGCUCAGUCUGUCGACGGCACCGGAGGUCUUCAAUGGGCGCUCAAGAGAUGGCACAGCUGGAGGUGAGACUGUUCCAGGGGUUCGAGAGAUGCAGGCGGAACAGGAUGCAGUGAUGGCGUCGUUACGACAGGAAGUGUGUCGUCUCAAGGAGGCGCUUGCGACGUCACGUGCAGCUGCAGCUGAAGAUGCAAAGCGACUGGAAAGGGCCCAACAAGGUAUGAAGGAUCUUGAAGCUCAACUGGCGGUACGCCCGACGAUCGAGAACUAUCAUGAGGUGACUCGUAAACUGCGUGUGUUGCAGCAGCUGGAGUACAAUGUCGUCGACGAUGAUGAUGAAGGAAGCAGCGUGCAAUUGUUGGACACAGCCGAGGACAGCAAAGCUGCAGGUGGACUGGAGGCGGCUAGUGUUGACGUUGAAAAAGUCCUGGUGGCUCGUGUACGUCGUCUGGAGCACUCACUUCAAGAAUGCGAGCGGACGCUGCAAACUCGAACGUCAUCACUGCAGGAGGUUCAGAGCGAUCUCCACGACCGCGACGCUAAGAUCCAAGAACAGGCAACGCUCGUUCGCGACCUCGAAGAAACUGUUGCUGCGCUUGAGAGAGCUCCACGAGCUCGUGCUUCGGGUGUUGUUAGCGACGACAUUGGUUCGGAAAUCCUCUUGGACGCUAUGGAAGACCAAUUUACUAAGACCUCGACUGCGAGCAGCGUAAUCGCAACAAUAGCAUCAGACGCCACAACGUCGGACAGCAAGAUGCUCGGGAUUGUCCGCGGUCAGCGCGAUCGUUUCAGAGAGCGUAUGAAGGAGCUCCAGAGCGAGAAGAACCGCGUGGACGAGCUCGCACAGUCGUACAAGAGCACGGUGGUCCGUCUCGAGACGGACAACAUGCAGCUGUACCACAAGAUCCGUUACCUGCAGAGUUACGGUGGCGACAGCAAGUCUGCGACAUCCCGUUUGAAGCCUGGUUCCAGUUUCGCGCUGGAAGACGGAAGUGCGGGCGCCUCUGACAUUGAAGCUCGCUACCGUGGCAUGUAUGAAGCCAAGAUGAAUCCGUUCGUGCAGUUUAACAAGAUGGAGAAGCAGCAGCGGUUUACGAAUCUCAAUCCCGUGGACAAGAUCUUGCUGACGAGUGCCAAGCUGCUGCUGGCUCACCGCAUCACUCGCAACGUGGCGUUCGGGUACAUCUUGCUGCUCCACUUUCUCGUCCUGGCCACUCUCUAUUCCUUCAUGCACGUCUGCGCAGUCACGAACGUCUCGUAA